UCAAUACUCAAAGCACAGUAGUAAUGUUCGCCAGUGUGUUACAGACAGGUUGGAGUGUAAAUGUCCGUAUCACGGCGAGAAAUGUUACUACUGAAACCAUCGAGGGAAACGAUUUAAAGUGACAAACUUCUUAGAGACGAAGGUCCGCGCGUGAAAAGGAAACGAGAUGUCUGUCAGUAAUCACGAGAACCGAAAGUCGAGGUCAAGCACCGGGUCCAUGAACAUCAAUCUGUUUCACAAGACGUCCCAUGCAGACAGCCUGCUGACCCACCUCAACCUCCUCCGCAAGCGACACGUCUUCACCGAUGUGGUCCUCCGAGCCGGACACCGGGCGUUCCCGUGCCACCGGGCGGUGUUGGCUUCGUGUAGCCGCUACUUUGAAGCCAUGUUCAGCGGGGGUCUGAAGGAGAGCCGCGAUGCUGAGGUCAACUUUCAUGACUCUUUACACCCAGAGGUGCUGGAGCUUCUGCUCGACUACGCUUAUUCCGCCCGAGUCAUCAUUAAUGAAGAAAAUGCUGAGUCCCUGCUCGAGGCUGGCGAUAUGCUCCAGUUUCAUGACAUACGAGACGCAGCCGCCGAGUUCCUGGAGAAGAACCUGCAUCCAUCGAAUUGCCUGGGGAUGAUGCUUCUGUCUGAUGCCCAUCAGUGCCAGAAGCUGUAUGAACUUUCUUGGCAGAUGUGCCUUGCAAAUUUUGCUAAUCUGUAUCACACAGAGGACUUCCUACGCUUGCCAAAAGAUAAAAUCCAAGAGCUCGUAUUCAGUGAAGAACUGGAGGUAGAGGAUGAAAGUAUCGUGUUCGAGGCUGUUAUUGACUGGGUCAGAGCUGACAUUGAGAGGAGACAUUUUGACCUACCCGACCUUCUGCGGUGUGUUCGCCUGGCGCUGCUGCCGGAGACCUACUUGCUGAAGAACGUUGCGUCCGAGGAGCUCGUCAUGGGAGACAAGGUGGGCCGUGAGAUUGUGGAAGACGCUGUCCGUUGCAAAAUGAAGAUUCUUCAGAACGACGGAGUUGUCACGGGCUUCUGUGCCCAACCCCGGAAAGUCAGCCAAGCCCUUCUGCUUCUAGGUGGCCAAACGUUCAUGUGCGACAAAGUAUACAUGAUUGAUCACAAAGCAAAGGAGAUCACCCCCAAAACGGACCUUCCCAGCCCUCGUAAAGAAUGCAGCGCAUGUGCUAUCGGCUGCAAGGUGUACGUCACCGGUGGUCGAGGGUCCGAAAACGGGGCUUCGAAAGACGUUUGGGUCUACGACACGCUGCAUGACGAAUGGUCCAAAGCCGCACCGAUGCUCGUGGCCAGAUUCGGACACGGUUCGGCAGAACUUGCCCACAUCCUUUAUGUAGUAGGCGGACACACAUCCCAAACGGGAUCAUUUCCUGCAUCGCCAUCUGUGUCUCUUAAACAAGUCGAACAGUACAAUCCGCAAUCCAACAAGUGGACGUUAGUAGCACCUCUUCGAGAAGGUGUCAGCAACGCUGCUGUUGUAGGGGCCAAAAACAAGCUCUUUGUUUUUGGUGGAACAAGUGUUAACCGGGACAAGUAUCCCAAAGUUCAAUGCUUUGACCCUUGUGAGAACCGGUGGACUGUACCCGCAACUUGUCCCCAGCUUUGGCGAUACACAGCAGCGGCGAUGGUCGGCAACCACGUCGUAGUCAUUGGAGGAGACACAGAGUUUUCGGCGAGCUCCGCUUACCGCUUCAACAGCGAGACGUUCCAGUGGACCAAGUUCGGUGACGUCACUUCCAGAAGAAUCAGCUGUCAUGCAGUGGCAUCCGGGAAUCGGUUGUACGUAGUCGGGGGCUACUUUGGGGCACAGAGGUGUAAAACCUUGGACUGCUAUGAUCCAUCCACAGACUCUUGGGACAGUAUAACCAGUGUACCGUAUUCGCUUAUCCCGACGGCAUUCGUCAGCACAUGGAAGUAUCUCCCAUCUUGAAGAAACUACAUCUCUUUUAGAUCUCCGCCGCUUUCUGGAAUGCAGUUGAGUUUCCCCCCAAGUGGCUUUGGAAUGCCGGAGGAGGGGGGAGGCGAUGAUUCUCCACAUUCACACGGACCUUGAACUGGAACCCAGGCCCUGGGUCAGGAUGAGUGGAUGGGAAACCAUGGCAACUACUGUGGUUCUGACCUCUGCCAUGGCAAAUCGACCUAGAAGCGUUUGCCUGUAGCCAAAACGAAAUGCAGAAACACUGUAAACAAACGUGGGUUGUUUAUAGCCUGAAGUUGUACUGUUUAACAAUACGAGCGCUUUAGUUACCGUUUUUAAACGGUAAAGUGCGCUCGCUCACACUUUUCCUUUGUGUGCGAUUAUUAACUGUUGCCUACGGACUCACUUCAUCUUCCACUUGAAGACUUCACAGGAAAAUCUUUGAAUGGGAAAAUCAAUCCAUUGUCGGACCGAGCAGACUUUUAUUGUAGAAACACUCUUUGUCGAUUCCUCUUCGAACGUUGAAUAUACUACAUAGGAAUAUUCAGAACACUUUUCUGAUCUGCACUGUAUUUUUACCAUAGUACUGGAUGAGUAGCCUGACUGGGCGAGUCUCACGAAAAAAACGUUAUGUGAUAUAUUUCACCCCAAAACAAGGAAAUAAGAACUUUUAUUAUGCAUAAAAAUAACAUUUGCCUCCUAGUUCACUCGCAUUGGACGUAAUGGUUGUUCAUUAUAUUGCUUUAACUAGCUAAACAUUUUUGGGGGAUAAAUGUAAAAAAACUUUAUAGGUGUAUUUUCUUAAAUUCUUUUGAUUUUGGGGUGAAACGUUUUCUUGAGAUUCACCAACUGUAGUAUAAUACCUAGUUUACAAUGUGAAUGAUAUUCAUUGAAAAGCUUUGAUUCUAGGGUGGUUUAAACUAUUCAAGUUUGAAUUUCUUCCUAAUAGUUUCGUGCCAAACUUUACUGUUCUCAACUAACUUGAUAUUUGUCGUUGCCGUACAUGUAGCUCUAAAUAUCGUCUACUGUUGUAUGUUUAUUUGUAGGUCUGUUUUAUUAUAUUUUUUAUGUAGAUUUUGCACAUUUUGUUAAGACGCUGUCUGUCUUAUUGUUAAACGGUCAUUUGUACCCAUAAGGGUGUUCGAUUGUCUUAAAACGUUAAACAUGAAUGUGUUGCUCUAGGUCAAAGAAAGCAGCACGGUUAGCAUCAUGCUAAUGUCUUAAGAUGCUCAUUAUUGUAUCGUAUCGUCUGUCUGUCUUAGCAUCAUGCUAACGGCGUAAGAUGCACAUUAUUUUAUUGUAAAACAUCUUAACUUGUGAAUUUUUGUUUAUUUUGAUAUCAAUAUCACUGUUUCUAGUUUGUAUUUUUUUACUAAUAGUUAAUUUGUGUGGACAAGUCUUGUUUGCUGUAACACCAAAUGUAACAAUUUCUAACAUCUUUCGAUCAGACAAUAGCAUGUGAUGUUUUAUAAUAAACGAAAAUGAAAUGUGAAAUGAA